GUCGCCCUCCCACUUUGUCUCCCAAAUUCGCCCUCACCUCGCCGCCUCCUCCCUUGACUGCCAACGUUGACCUCGACUCCGGCGAGGUCUACUCGCCGGAGACCCCACCUCGACCUCCCCCACGCAAGCUCCCACCCUACUACACCCCCGAGCUCGCGUCUUAGCCAGCACGCCGCCCCCGCACCUCCCGCCCCGCUCGAGCCUCGGCCGACUGGCCUGCUGCUUCUAACUCGCCCGUGCCCCGCUCUCCGCUUUCUUCCCCGACAACCCAAUCCACCUCCUCUCGGCAUUCCUACGGCUCCUCUACCUGCUCACCAUGGCGAUCCGCAUCACGGUGUCCUACUCCGGCUACGUGGCGCAGAACCUCGCCGCGUCGUUCGGCCUCCGCAGCUCCUCCGCCUCGGCCAGCGGCUACCGCCUCCUCCACGACGGCGCCUGGCGUCCCUUCUGCAUCUUCACCUCUACCCGCCAGCCCGAGCUGCACCGUAGCGGCAACGGCAACGACCGCCAUAACGGCGGCGACCACAACCGCCCGAGCCCCCAGGGCCUCGCCGCCACAGGCCACUCGCUGCUGCUCACGCGGGCGUGCUUGUUGUCCAAGUCGCCGCCGCCGUCUCUCGCCGUGGGUUUGCUUUCGCUGCUCGUUCAGGGGGCGGGGCCCAAGGCUGGGAUCACCGGGGCGGCGUCGACUCUGGCAGGCUCGUCGUCGAUUUCCCUCGGGUUCAACUCCACGUCCUUCCUCCCGUUCCUGCAGUCCGCGAAGUGGCUCCCCUGUAGCGACCUUGCCACCUCGUCGUCUUCGGCGCCCUCUUCCCCUCCCCGCGCGCCGGUGCCUUCAGCUCCUUCCAAGAAGGCGUUGAUAGGUUCUGCGGGAAUCGUGAGGAACAGCGGUGCUAGUGCAGCGAUGAGCAGGAGCAACUGGUUGUCGAGGUGGGUGAACUCCUGCUCCGAUGACGCCAAGACGGUGUUUGCGGCUGUGACCGUGCCACUCCUCUACGGCUCGUCCCUGGCCGAGCCGAAGUCCAUCCCGUCCAAGUCCAUGUACCCGACCUUCGAUGUUGGUGAUCGAAUUCUCGCCGAGAAGGUCUCGUACAUAUUCCGGGAACCGGAAAUCUUGGACAUUGUGAUCUUCCAUGCGCCCCCAGCUCUUCAGGCUUACGGCUACAGCUCGGGUGAUGUGUUCAUCAAGAGAGUUGUGGCCAAAGGUGGAGACUAUGUCGAAGUGUGUGAUGGAAAUCUAUUGAUAAAUGGAGUAGUACAGGAUGAGGAUUUUGUGUUGGAGCCUCACAACUACGAGUUGGGACCGGUGCUUGUACCGGAAGGUCAUGUGUUUGUGCUGGGAGACAACCGUAACAACAGUUUUGAUUCCCAUAACUGGGGGCCACUUCCAGUAAGGAACAUUGUUGGGAGAUCUGUUCUCCGGUAUUGGCCACCAUCGAAGAUAACCGAUACAAUAUACGAGCCUGAUGCAGCGCGCUACGCUGUGCCAUCCUGAUACGUAGUUGCUCCAGCAAUGCUGGAUUGCCAAUGUGUAGUACUGUAAUGCCCUUUCGUGGAGCUCCAUGGAUGAGCUGAGCUCCAGUUCCCUUUUUUUUUGACAUACUGUUGUUUCCGUAAGUGUUGCCUGUAAAUUCACUUUGACUGACGAUUUGUUUUCCCUUGUUUAAAGCACGAAAAGUGUAGUGCCUUGCAACUUGCAAGCCAAAACGAUCACUCGUAUAUGUAGGCUGUACAGAGCAACUGCUGAAGGAGCAUCCGGGUUCUGCAAUUUUGCUCUGCGGAGUUGGAAAUUUUGUUGAGCUUCCGUCUCGAUGUUAUGUUGUAAAUAAAUAAAACAAUUAAAAAGAAUCUACGGUUCUUAUGGUCA